AUGGCCCUGCAGGAGGAGCAGCCCGGAGGCGGCGGCGGCCUAAAGGAAGGGGCUGGGCCGGCCGAAGAGGAGCCUGCCAAGGAGGAGGAGGAGGCGGCGGCAGAGGAGGGGGAAGGGGGGCCGGCGGCGGGCGGCUGGGAGGCGCACGAGUGUCGCAUCUGCUACAACCGCUUCGACCUGGAGCGGCGGGCGCCCAAGCUGCUCGAGUGCCUGCACACCUUUUGCCAGGACUGCCUGGCCCAGCUGCACCUGCGUGCCGUCCUGGCAGCCCACAGCUCGGGCAGGGGCGGCCCCGCCGCGGACGCCGCCAUCGCCUGCCCGCUGUGCAGGCACCCGACGGCCCUGCCGGACUGCCGCGUGCACAGCCUGCCGGUCAACACCAAGCUGCUGGAGCGCCUCCCGCUGCGCGCCGCCGCCGCCGCCUGGCCCGAGCUGACCGCCGGCCAACGCCGGGCGCUCCUGCAGCCGUCCCGCCAGUCCCUGCAACGCUCCCCGUCGGAGCGCGGCAGCCAAGGGGCCAUCCCCGCCGCGGUGGAAGUCCGGCACGUCCUGGCCCGGCAGUGGCCCGCGGGGCUGGGCGGCGGCUGCAGCUGCUCCGAGGGCGACCCGAGCUGGCGGCGCAAGGCGCUGAACCUGGGCUGCUUGUGCGCCGUCUUCUGCAUCCUUUCCAUGCUCCUGCUCUUCUUCGCCUGGAUGAACUGGCUGACGGGCUCCAUCUUCAUCGGCGUCGCCGUCCUUCUGCUCUUCUUCUCCACCAUGCCUUUCGCCAUGUACGGCUUCAGAAACAGGAGCGAGCCCGGGGCGCCGGGGGCCUCGCCGGCGCCCACAGCAGCCAACGGGGCGGCGCCCGGGAGCGCCACGCCCCAAAGCAGGCAGGCGGCGGACGAGAGGAACCGCUGGUAG